AUGGUUUCCAUGAUGACAGCUCUGUGGCAAGUAAUUAUUCCCAUGAUUGUCCUGUCCCACUUCUCAGCAUCUCUGCCACCCUGGGAGAGGACGGAGCGCCACGCGGACGGGCUCUUCCACAGCGAACUCAGCAAGAUGAACGGCAACGCUUACGUGCAGCAGCUGGUCAAGCACCUGGUGGGCCUCAAGGACAGGUCCCAGAGGCACUCGGAUGGGCUCUUCACCAGUGAGUACAGCAAGAUGAGAGGCAACGCCCAGGUUCAGAAAUUCAUCCAAAGCCUCAUGGGCCGCAAGCGCAGCUCUCCUGGCCCGGUCAACACAGACAUGCAGGGGAGAGAAGGAGUAAACAACCCUGAAGAACUUUGCUUUUAUUGGUUGUACCAGAGCUUUCUGAACACCAGCCGCUCGGACAGAGAUGCCAGGGAGGCUGCUGCCAUUAUCAGCCAGAACCUUUGUCCCUUCUCUAAGCAGCUGUUUGCAGAUGAGACAGAAGAUACAGAUGGUUCUGAAUGAAGGUGAAGGGAAAGAAACAGCCAAGGAGACAGCUUUGCACAUGUAUGGCCUUGAAAAUAAACAGGGAAGCUCUUGCUUAGGAAAAACUCUUGAGAUAGGCAAAUAAAUAAAAAUAAUCCUGGAAAGCAGUAAAAAGCCAAUGAAACCUCUGAGAUUAUGCAAAGUGAAAUGUAUGUGGGUGUGUACUGCUGUCAGUAGAUGGAGCCUGGGUGAAGCACAUCCCUUCACUCUGUGUUGGCAUCUGACUGCCUGCUGC